ACGGGGGCGGCGGGACCCGGAAGCGGCGGCGGCUCCCGGCGGGUUCCGGUCGCUCCCGGUCGCUCCAGAUCCCGAUCCCGCUCCCGGCGGCGGCUCCCGGAGGGUCCCGAUCCCGGCGGGCCCCGGUCCCGGCGCGGCUCGGGCAUGGCGGGCCGCGGGAAGCUGAUCGCCGUGAUGGGCGAUGAGGACACGGUAACCGGGUUCCUGCUGGGCGGCAUCGGCGAGCUGGACAAGCACCGGCGGCCCAACUUCCUGGUGGUGGAGAAGGAGACGAGCCUGGCCGAGAUCGAGGAAACCUUUCGGGGUUUCCUGGCGCGGGAGGACGUGGGGAUGAUCCUGAUCUCGCAAGCGCUGGCGGAGCAGAUCCGGCCGGCAGUCGCAGCCCACGCCCGGGCCCUGCCCGCCGUGCUCGAGAUCCCCUCCAAGGACCACCCGUACGACCCGGCCCGGGACUCGGUGCUGCGCCGCGCCCGCGGGCUCUUCGCUCCCGAUGAGCUGCAACAGACCUCACCUGGUGCCCCAGAACAGCCCCUGGCAUCCCGUGGGGUCUCCAGCACAAGGAAACCCUCCUGGGAGUUCCCGGGAGUUCUCACAUCUGACGGUCCCCACCCCACGGGGUCCCCAGCCCACCCCAGGGUGCUGCUUGGGGGUGAUACGGUGUGCCUGUGGGUGCUGUGAGGUGCCUGAGGGUGUCCCACAGGUCUGGGGGGGCUGACAGAGAGGCCCUGGUGUGUCCCUGAGGGGGCCCCACGGGUGCCCCGUGACCGUGUCUCAGCUGCGUCCCGUGACAGGGAAGUGCCACCACCGGAUCCCGCCGGAUCCCGCCUGUGGGCAGGGAGGGACAGCGGGGAGGGGGGGCCAGGGACACCCCAAGGACACCAGGAGUUGUCACUGUGACCUUGUUGCCACCCCCACAGCCCUUCCUCAGCCCCCCUGCCCCGGUAGAACCCCGGGGGAGGGGGCCUGGUAUUUAUUGCCCCUUCCUCUGUAACCAAGUGACAUUUGUGUCCCCUCCGUGUGUCUUCUCAGUGUCCCCAACAUGUGUUGAUACCACUUGU